CCUGAUCUUAUCACAGCAUGGAUAGCACUAUGAAUCGUUCAACACCUCAGCUCGCCGAUGAAGCCCGCGUUCUGGUGAUAUACACAGGCGGAACCAUUGGUAUGCUUGUUGGGCAACAAGGGCUAACCACGGAACCAUCGUUUUUAACGGAGACCUUGAGAAGUCAGACUCGUUUUCACGAUCCUUUGGAGAACUCUCUCUUCUCUCACUCCGGCUCAGUCCAAGGAUAUCGGCAAUGGAGUUCCAAUAGUGGAAGAUCCAGUCCACAAACCGGUGUCUCUACCGGUGCAUACUACUCGUCUCAACUUCCGACUUUACUAGUCCGAUCUUCUCGACCCAUUGGGCACACUAGUUUGAGCCCGGGCCAAGAUCUAAACUCAUUUCCAAGACUCACAUCCAUCAAGAUAGCGGAUAAUGUGUAUGAAGCUCAUCUUCCGAGUCUAGUAACUCCUCGUAGCGCUGUACCAGGCGGUACAGGCGGCAAACGUAUACGAUAUGCAGUGUUAGAGUGGGAUCCUCUUCUGGAUAGUAGUAAUGUCGAGAUGAAUGAUUGGAUUCGCAUCGCGACAGAAAUCGAACUCAACUACAGCUUCGACGCGUUCGUGAUUCUGCAUGGGACGGACACCAUGGCUUACUCGUCCAGCGCAAUGAGCUUUCUGCUAGAAGAUCUCGGAAAGACGGUUAUUCUGACUGGAGCCCAGAUACCGCUUUCACAGCUGCGAAAUGAUGCUACAGAUAAUCUAAUGGGGGCAUUGACUAUCGCUGGACAUUAUAUCAUUCCAGAGGUUUGUCUUUAUUUCAACCAUAUGCUCUAUCGAGGGAAUAGAGUCUCCAAAAUGUCGUCGUACGAUUUAAACGCAUUUGAUAGUCCGAAUUUCCCCCCCUUAGUGAAAGUGGGAAUUGAGAUCAUGGUCAACUGGAAUAAUGUGAUUCGGCAGACGACUCUCCGACGUUUCAGAGCCCACAAAGAGAUGCAAUCGCAUGUUGCCACUCUCAGACUGUUUCCCGGUAUAACGGCUGAGACUGUCUCCGCGUUCUUCAAUCCGUCCACCAAGGGUGUUAUUUUGGAGACGUUUGGUGCAGGGAACGCGCCUCAACGGUCAGAUUUAGUGAACACGUUGCGAGAAGCGUGUGAGAGAGGCGUUAUAGUUGUAGCCAUUUCACAAUGCUCGAAAGGAUCCGUCUCCGACGCGUAUGAGACUGGGAGAACGCUUCUACAAGUUGGCGUAGUUCCAGGUGGCGAUAUGACUCCAGAGUGUGCCCUCGCGAAACUGAGCUAUCUCCUUUCUAAACCGGAAUUUUCGACAUCCGAAGUUCGAAAAUUAAUGGGUGUUCCACUCCGUGGGGAAUUGACGCGGUUAACUCUCGUUCCACCACCAAGCCAACUCAGUGUUGAACGAAACCUGGAAAGUCUGAAUGGGGUUUUGUCACAUUUCAGUCGACUCAGUUCGAACCAAUCGUCCGCUCACAACCCAGGUCCUCAAAUCGUCAUCUCAAACUUAGACGAGGCGACCCAAGAUGCUGCUGCGUCUUGGUCGUGGACAGCAGCGGAAGCCGGUUCUGUUGAGGCGGCUCUAUAUCCUCUCCUAUUACAUCUCGCAGUUGCAAGGAAUGACAUUGAGAGCAUCGAAUUUUGUUUGUCCAAGAAUACCCGUGACGCCGACUCUGAUUUUAGUACAGCGGAUGUUUCUGGUCUAAUUGUAGGGGGAAUGGUGAACUGCUUGGACCCAGGAUCUGGAAAAACCCCGUUACACACUGCUGCGCUGAAUGGCUAUGUUGAAUCGGUGACAUUACUGCUAAAUUCUGGGGCAUUGGUACAUCAACGAGAUGCUUUAGGGCAUACUGCUUUAUAUUAUGCUGCAAGGCAAGGUCACAUAGACGUGGUGAAUCUUCUGAAUAAAAUGGGCAGUACGCUUAGUGUUGUGGACAACAUUUUCGCUGCGCUUGCUGUGGCGAACGCUUCGAAAAUCGGAGAUCAAAGAUUGCUAGAUCUAUGGAUAUCGGCUGGUUACACAUCUCUUGCUACUUGAAUGUCGCACACUGCCAUCUAUCUAGUUUUCCUCAGAACAAAACUUUUUGGGAGUAUCACAAUGUCAGUGAAAUAGUUGUUUCAUUCAAGUAUGUCGAAAUCCGUGAAUGGACCCUUGUAUCUAUCCAUCUGUUGGGGGUUCAAUGGCCACCAUUUCACCUGAGAUGAAAAUACAAUUGUUCUCUGCAAGCGGGUUGAAAGAGAUGUUUUUGGC